UCUCGCAAUCAGUGUAAACAAAGUCCCCAUGACUAGCAGACUUAUUUCUCUGUUGCCUCAUUAAUACGAGUUUUAGAGCCUCAAUACUGUUUUAUUUACUGUGAAAGAGCGAGGAAUCUUCCAUCUACAUAGUUAUAACGUGAUAUGUAGCUGUACUGUGUAUAAAUAUUUAUUUGAUUAAGAUAACUGGAAAAAUAUUGAACACAGUAUGGACCAGUUUGACGAGCUGAUCCAGUUUCUUGCACCAGAUGGGCGGAAGGAUGUCAAAAGCGCCUCAUGCAUGACAGUAGCACAGUUAACAGGAACACCUGAUGGCCUCAAACUCCUGUGUUCCAAACCUAAGAUUUUAACAGCAGUCGCACGUCUGAUUAGAGAUGAAGAAGUGUAUACGGCCAAAGAUGCCAUGAGAACUUUGGUAAACAUUUCUGCAGAAGAAACUGGAGCCGAGGUUCUCCUAUCACUUAAGGAGGUUGACGUUGUUGACGAAAUGGUCAAGUGUAUUAUUGAUGAGGAGUACCCCCAUGCUGACUUUGCUUGUGGAGUUCUGUCAAAUAUUUCCAUGACCAAGCAGUAUUGCCAAAAGGUGUUUGAUCGUGUAAAUGAAGGACCGACCAAACUAGAAGGCCUAAUGAAUGUCUUCUGUCAGAUAGAAUACAACAAAAAGGGAGCAAAGUUACACCUGCUGGCACCUAUCAUCACCAACUUUUCACAACUUGCUCUUGGUAGGAAACAAAUUAUGGACAAAAACUCCUUCAUCUUUCAACGGCUCCUCUCCUUCAUGGAAUACCAACCUUCAAAGGGGCGACGGCUCUCAACUGUCGCCACCAUCCAUAAUUGCUGCUUUGACAAAGAACAACACCCAUGGCUUAUGGGUGAAGAGGUGGACUUAGUGCCACGCUUACUCCUCCCUCUUGCUGGGCCAGACACAUUCACUGAAGAAGAAAAUGACUCGCUGCCUGUAGACCUUCAAUUCCUCCCUGACGAUAAAAUACGGGAACCAGUGCCAGAAAUACGGAAGCUGGUUUUGGAGGCACUGAUGCAGAUGUGUGUGACGCGGGAAGGGAGAGAGCUGCUGAGAAGUCAGAAUGCUUACCUGAUUCUCCGGGAGCACCACAAGUGGGAAGAGGACCGUAUUUGCAUCAUGCUCAAUGAAGAUGUUGUAAACCUUCUUCUCAGAACUGAAGAGGAGAUUGGAGUGGAUGACCUGUCAACCAUUAAUGUGCCACCUGACUUAGCAGAUAAAUUUACAAAGCAAGAUGAAGAGUACCUAGCAGGUGGUUCACAAGACCUGAGCACACUCCAAGAUCAAAAAACAUCUUGAAGAUAAGAAUUAUGGCAGUAUAAUAUGAUACUUUGAU